GCCUACAUCAAUCUGCAAGGGAGUGUCAGAAAGGCCCCGCAUUCGCCGAGCCGUGACACGACCCGUCAGCGAAUCAAAUUCAGCGAUGACAGAGUGUGCAAGAGCCACCUUCUCAACUGCUGCCCUCAUGAUGUGCUCUCUGGAACUAGAAUGGACCUUGGAGAAUGUCUGAAGGUGCACGACCUGGCAUUAAGGGCAGACUAUGAAAUAGCAUCCAAAGAUCAAGAUUUCUUCUUUGAGCUUGAUGCAAUGGACCACCUGCAGUCAUUUAUUGCAGACUGCGACAGGAGAACAGAAGUGGCCAAGAAAAGACUAGCAGAAACCCAAGAAGAGAUCAGUGCUGAAGUGGCAGCUAAAGCUGAAAGAGUUCAUGAAUUGAAUGAAGAAAUUGGGAAACUGCUGGCCAAAGUAGAACAGCUUGGAGCUGAUGGGAAUGUGGAAGAAUCCCAAAAAGUAAUGGAUGAAGUGGAAAAGGCUCGGGUAAAGAAGAGAGAAGCAGAAGAAGUAUACAGGAAUUCUAUGCCUGCCUCCAGCUUUCAGCAGCAGAAGCUACGGGUUUGUGAAGUGUGCUCAGCUUAUCUUGGUCUUCAUGACAAUGACCGACGACUUGCUGACCACUUUGGAGGAAAACUGCAUUUAGGAUUUAUUGAAAUAAGAGAGAAGCUUGAGGAACUCAGGAGGAUUGUGGCUGAUAAGCAAGAGAAACGAAAUCAAGAACGUCUGAAACGUAGAGAGGAGCGAGAAAGAGAAGAAAGGGAGAAACUAAGGAGGUCCAGAUCCCACAGCAAGCAUACCAAAAGAUCUAGGUCCCGAGAUCGCCGCCGACACCGGUCUCGCUCAGCCUCCCGGGAACGAAAGAGGAGAACUCGCUCCAAAUCCCGUGAGAAACGCCAUCGUCACAGGUCUCGCUCUAACAGCCGCAGCCGGAGUCGCAGCCAUCAUAGAAGCAGGCAUAGUUCCAGGGAGAGAAGCCGAGAACGCAGCUCCAAAAAGAGAUCCUCAAAAGAAAGAUCCUCCAGAGACAAAGAACGCUCAAGAGAUCGUGAUAGAACAUCACGUGAUAAAGAUAGAAGCUCGAGAGAGAGGUCACCGCGGGAUUUCAAAGACAAGAAACGUUCUUACGAAAGCGCUAAUGGCCGAUCGGAGCACGUAACAGACAGCCAGCGGGCAAUUAGAAAAUUUUCUCAUGCUUUGUUGCUCCUGGCUCUGGCUUUUCACCUCCUGUUGCUGGGGAAACCAGUCCCAAAUCACUUCCCUAGGCUCUCGGUGGUGCUGCGCAGAGCGCCACAGGCAAGCAGUGUCCUGGGAAGCGCACCAGUGGAGAAUCGGGAUUAG